AUGAAUUCAGAACCAUCAAUAAGAACCAUAAGUGUUAAAUAUACUGUGGUGUUUUGUGUCAUCAUUGGUUUCUUGUUUUUAUUUUCGCAAAUACUAGACAACUUAUUCUAUGAUUAUACUGUUAUAGAAACUGAAAUAGUCUUCAUCAAAAGAGUCGACCAAACAAAUAAUAAAAUGAUUCUAGAAUUAAAUGAAGUUACUGAACAGAGCAACUCAUUAGUUCUCACCCUACAAAACAAUAUGUAAAGUACUAUUGAACAGAUUUAUAAAAAAAUCAAUUAUCAAAUAAAUGAAGAAGAGGAUUAUACUUUGCAAUAAAUGAAUAAUCAAUAUCGAUAAUCAUUCAACCUCAUAUCCGAAUCAAUAUUUUUAAGGAAUAAAAUGAACAAUUCUAUUGAUUCCAUUUAUCUAUUAAAUAUUAAGAAUACUAUUAAUACUGAGAUGGCACAAGUUGGUAUGAAUCUUAUGUUAACAUUGUUAGAUAUUUCCAUCUACUCUGAUUAUGGGACCAACUUUUUUGAUUUAUCACAAGCAAUCACAUUAAACAAUUUUUGGAACGAAGAAUUAUAAUUAAAUUUGAAAAACAAAAUAGUAACAACCUUCGUUGAAGAAUCGAAUUAUAUACUCUUUGUUCUCUAUGACUAUCAAAAUAAUGAAUCAGAAAUUGCUCUAUUAAGGGAUAAUGAAUUAGAAAUCAUACAUACUACUAAGCAUUUAAUUAAGAAUAUUGCAACCAAAAAUCAAAAUAUUAUCUUUAAUUAUUAAAAUGAUAGAGAAAUUCAUUUCUAUGAUUCCAAUUCAUAGAAGAUAAGCAAAAUUCAAUCAUUCCAAAUAACACACGUACUCUACUUUUAAGUUAUGAAAUUAUUUUUUCUAAAUGACAGCACAAUUGGUGUAUUUUAUUUAGAAGUUACUAAUGAUAAAUAUAAAAUCAUUGGAAUGGCUUUAAAUGAAUAUAAAAAUGUAUUCUUAAACAUAGACAUUACAGAUGAAAUGAUAAGUCUUGAAUAAAUCUAGUAAAUUGAACUACUUUAUGAUUACAAUCCAGACCACAAUGUAAUGAUAGUAUCCUUCGGUAAAAAAUACCUCUACUUUUUAAAAAUAAAACCUUUCAUGUUUGCCAAGUAAUUUGAUUAAUGGAAUCCAAAAAAAAUUAAAUUGAACAUUUUUGAAUAAGAAAGAGAGAUAUUUAAGAAAAUCAUCUUUGACCAGCAAGAUCAACUCAUUUAUAUAUUAUCAGAAAGUUCCUAAUCCAAAUUCAAAAUGCAUUUAGUUGAUAUGUAAAGUCUAGAAAAUAAGUCAAACAAAACUGAUACGAUGAAAUUAAGAAUGCCAUACUUUAAAUAUGGAGUCUAAGCUAUAGAUUUUCAUAUCUAAAAAAAUUAAAUCAAUAAUAAUGUAAUCCUAUUCUUAUUGAAAAAUGGAGAUGUAGCUUGCAUUUAGCCAUUAUAGUAUGGAGAAGGAGUUCUUAAGAAGACCUUUAUUAUCGAAUUGCUAGACAUUGUGUUAACAUUGUCUUUUAUCGGAUUCUUUAGAUAUUUAAAAAGACUAUUACAAAAAAUAUAUUCAAAAAUUAUAUCUUGUUGUAGAAGAAUUUGA